GCGAAGUGAACCAGCAGGACAUCUGCGCCGCCGGUACAGCACAUGGACAGGACAGGCGACCAAGCCUCUGAGAUUUUCGCCAAAGAUAGCUGAACAGCAUCUAGCAGCUGCUCCAUCAUGGUGUAUGGACAGAUCCUUCAUCGACACAGCCCUGACGGUUGCUUUAUCAAUGUCAACGUUGGUGGUUUCAAACAACAAAUGGAGCACAACAUUCUGAAACGAUUCCCACAGACACGCCUGGGUCGCCUUCUGUGUUGCAGCUCCAAAGAAGCAAUCCUGGAGCUCUGCGACGACUUCAGUCCCUCUGAAAUGGAAUACUAUUUUGACCGCAAUCCGCGUUUCUUCUGCUACGUUUUCAACUUUUACCUCACAGGUAAAAUCCACCUGGUGGACGGAUUGUGCGUAGUCUCGUUUAUUCAAGAGAUCGAGUAUUGGGGCAUCAAGGAGCGCCACCUGGAAAUCUGCUGCAGCAACAAAUUCCAUGAACUGAUAGAGCUUGCUGAUGAUAAGUGCAGGGAUCAGAAUAGUGACAAACUGCAGCUCCACAGCUUGGACUCGUCUAUUGAGGAGCUGUCUGCUUCGGAGGACAACAUAGAAAUGUUUGAAGGUUCCUGGUGUGCAGACGCCCGCAGGAAUAUCUGGCUACGACUCGAGAAUCCAGGUUACUCUACUUCAGCCAAAGUGAUGGCUGUAGCAUCCCUAAGUGUGGUCAUUGGCUCUAUUGUUGCAAUGUGCAUCCACAGCAUGCCGGAUAUCCAUCAAAUGGAUCUCAAUGAGAAAAAGAUUGAAAACCCGGUGCUGACUUUCUUCGAGAGCUUCUUUGUAAUGUUCUUCUCUGCAGAGUUUGUUCUUCGUUUGGCUGUUUCGCCAUCAGCUAAGAAGUUCUUGUGCAGCCCUCUCAAUAUUAUUGACUUAAUGUCAAUUAUGCCCUUCUAUGUCACUAUAGCUUGUGAUAUUAUGGAUGAAGGUGAGAACACAGACUUGGAGAAUGUUGGCAAAGUUGUGCAGAUCUUAAGGCUGAUGCGAGUGUUUCGAAUCCUUAAACUGGCUCGUCACUCAGCUGGUCUUCGCUCUCUUGGUGCCACACUGCAACACAGUUCCCAUGAAGUUGGGCAGCUGGUGCUUUUCUUGUCUGUUGGCAUUUCCAUGUUUUCUGCUCUCAUUUACUGUGUAGAGAAAGACUGUCAAGAGUCGGAGCUACAGACUAUGCCCAUAGGCUGGUGGUGGGCCACCAUCAGCAUGACUACAGUGGGCUACGGGGACACCUUUCCUGUUACACUUGCUGGGAAGCUGAUAGGAACCGUAUGUAUUGUCUGUGGGCUACUGAUCGUGGCUCUGCCCAUUACUAACAUCUUCAAUAAAUUCUCCAAGUUCUAUGAGAGGCAAAGACAAAUAGAUCUCAGAAAAAGCAAUAACUGAACCCUCUCCAGCAUAUACAGGCCUAUUCUUAAGAAGACCAGGAUGUCAAAAUCUUUAAACCCACAAACUCCUUCAGCACUCACAACUCAUGAGAAGUUGUUAAAGAAGCUGCAGCCAUGAUACAUGAUACUCUUAACUAAAAUAAAUGAGGGCUUAGUAUUCAAAGGUCAGGUCUUUUUUCUUGUGUCUUGACAAAUGUUUUUAAUGUCUUAAGGGAUUAGUUUGACAUUUCGGGAAAUUUGCAUAUUUACUUUUGUACCAAGAGUUACAUGAAAGAUUUGAUACCAAUCUCCUGUCUGAUAGGCUGUAUGUGUAGCUUGCGCCAGCGGCUGGUUACCUCAGCUAGGCACCAGUUUGUAGUAUUUAGUGGCAUCUAGUGGGCUGAAUUGCC